UGGGUUGUGUGAGUGUGGACGGCGAAAAGGGCGAGGAGGCUCCCUUUAUAACAAAGCCUUCAGCAUUUGAAUUCUCAAGACAUCGUCUUUUCUCUCACCGAUUAUACCCAACUCCGGCAUUCUCACUUACCUCAAUCUCUAACCCCUUCGGCCUUCAACAUCUUCUCGUCUCCUCUCUGUUCAAUCUUUACUGUCGGGAUUGGGAUCUGUUCCUGAUGUCCUUGCUGCCCAUCUAAUGAAAUCUGCUGUUUUCAAUUCCCUAUCUUGGAUUUAGUAAAUCUUUGCGCGUAACUCGAGGGUUCUUGGAUUAGUGACGAGAUGGAGGAAGGGAGAGGACUUUUCAAUGGGUCUCCUUCCGAACAGGCGAUUGGUUCAAAAUCUCUGGGCGAGAAGCGGAACGGCAAUGGAUCCGGAGAGGGAGACGAAUUUGGGUCUAAACGUGCGAAAGUGCGAGAUCUGGUUCCUGGUCUCGCCGUUCCAGACGAAGCGGCAACUUCCGAUCUGAAAUCUCAAUCUGUUGGAAACAUUGAGAUUGCUAGGCAAUCAAAUCUAAGUGGAGAAGAGAAAUCUGGUGUCACUGAGAUUCAUGUGGUUCCUGAUGCAGAAGCUUCGGAUAGGGUAGAGAAAGAGGAUGAAGAUAAUACCAACUAUGUCAGUAGGAGGGAACUGAAUAUAGAUAUCAAGGUUGGUGACAUUUCCGGCUUAGAUAAACAUAAUUUAUCACGAUUUCUGAAGAACAGUAGUCACUUGAAGUCUAGGGAGAUCUCUGUUGUGUCUGAAGCUUCAGACAGGGCAGUAGAGGAGUCUGGUCCACUGCAGGGAUGGAUGGAGAUGAAACAGAACAGCUUGCUUCAAUAUCAUAUCAGUGAAAAAGCAGGUUCCUUGCGACUGGGUAAUUUAGAUAGUACUUUGGGGGAGUCUGAUUCUAUGCGGCGGUGGAAGGAAAUGAAACGAAACGGUUUCCUCUCUGGCCCUCUUGGUGGAGCAGCGGUGUCGAGUUCUGUUGUAUCGAGUUCUCCUGGAGAUCGGCCUGUUCAAAAACAGCAGAAGAGCAAGCGUAAAGGCGAGUGUCUGAAGAAGAGAAAGGAGCUCCCCGAGCGGGAACAGGCGGAUAGGUUCUCAAAUACUGCUGCCCCAAUUGGGUUACUGAAGGAAUUGAACCCAGGGAUCAUUAACCGUGUCAGAAAUAAGAAACAGGUCUGUUCAAUCAUUAAAACACUGGUUAGAAUCGGUACUGAAGAUGUUGUCGGGGAAGAAUGCCAUGUUGAUUCGAACUCGAGGGGUAUUUCCCAUUUUUCCUGUGAUAAUGCCUCGUUAGCCGAUCCAGACCCGAGAAGAGAGCAUUUGCAGUCAGCAUGUGAUCGUCCUGCUACGGUUUUAGAGGGGAUGAUUGACCCAAGAAUGCCAGAGUCAGUUGGAGAAGACGGGAAAGUACCCUUCAAGUUGCCAUCAACCGAGAAUGCCGAUUCUGUUGCCAAUUUGCAUUCCUCCAACUGCACAAAUCCUACACCCCUUAUCCUUGAAGCUGCAACCGUUGCAUCCCAGUGGUUGGAAUUACUUCAUCAGGACAUCACCGGGCGUCUUUCAGCUCUGGAACACAGUAGGAAUAGAGUUCAGAGCAUUUUAACAACCGAGUUACCCCUUCUUGCUUCGAGAGAGUUUCCAACUAACCAAGAAAACACUCCUCAGGGUAACGAUAAAACAAUGAUGGAGCAUCAGAAGAGAUGGAUUGCGCUGUUUGAUCAGAUGGAUAACGCUCUUUCUGAUGAAAAACGAAAUUUGGACUGUUGGUUAAACAAAGUAAAAGAAAUGCAGUCACAUUGCAAUGAAGGUCUGCGGUAUAUGGACAUGGUCUCAACUGUCAGUUCCCAAUCAUCAGGAGUAUCCGACACUGACUCCAGUAUGGAGACAAGUAUGGCUGUUCAGGCAGCUGCAGCUUCUAUCUACUCAACCUGCAGUUUUUUGCUGUCAAUGAUGAACUCAUCCUGUUCUUGAUCUUGCUCUCUUUGCUGUCCCAUUUGAAUAACUUAUGGUCAGUGUUUUCUUUCUUUUUGUAAACAAAAACCGGUUGGUGGAUAUGUAACAUGAAGACAUCUUAUAUAAAGUGUAUUCUGUUCUCAA